UAGCAUUGUUAGCUCUUUUCUCCCAUGCUGGAGUCUAUUUCUCCAGCAUUCAAUACCCUGGCUCUGCUGCUGGCUUGUAUCCUGGGGCCUUUGUGUUCUUCUGUUGUUCUUUUCUGUGAGAGUCUUCUGGUCUUUGUAAGAACUGCAUUCCUGUUCUAAUAUUGAGCCUGAUCUCCACUUGGAACAACAACCUUACCUGAGCUUGACCUGUGCUUUAUGCCCCUUUGGAGGGUGAAGUAAAACCCCAGGCAGACCUGGGGUCAAAGGAGAAUGUUCCAGCGAUGGAAGGAGUCCAUUCCCAAAUCUCUGGAUCAAUUGAAGAAGGAAUUUUGGGAUCCUCCAGCGCGGGGCCCGGGAGACUGGAAGAAAAGCUGCAGCCUGAGUUUGAGGAGGAGGAGGAAGAAAGCCCAACCCUGAGCUGUGGGUGGAAGGGGCAGAGAGGAAAGCAGAACUCAGCCUUUCUGCACUGUGGUGUCUCAGCCAUGGCCGCUCCCAGCCCCAGGAAGAAGCUUAAGGAAGAAGUGACUUGUUCCAUUUGCCUGGACUUCUUUGCGGAUCCAGUAAUGCUAGACUGUGGGCACAAUUUCUGCCGAGCCUGCAUUAUUAAAUGCCUGGGAGAGUCAGCCACAAACUCCACCACCUGUCCUCAGUGUAGAGAGAGAGUCCGGGCAACAAGCUUGAAGCCAAACAGGCAACUGGCCAAUAUGGUUGAGAUAGCAAAAGAGUUGAGUGUGCAGGCCAUGCAGGGAGUAGGAGGGGCAAGAGUCUGCGAGAGGCACCAUGAGCCCCUGAAGCUCUUCUGCAAGGAUGACGAGGCCCCCAUCUGUGUGGUGUGCGACCGAUCCAAGGAGCACCGAGCUCACAAUGUAGUUCCUGUGGAGGAAGCUGUCGAAGAGUACAGGGAUCAAAUCUGUAGCUGUCUGGACACUUUGAGGAAGGAGAGAGAAAAUAUUCUCACAUAUAGAGCCAACACAGAAAAGGAAAGCCAAGGCCUGCUUAAGCAAACAGCAGCUGAGAAGCAGAAGACUGUGGCUGAGUUCAGGCAACUGCGCCAGUUUCUGGAAGAACGAGAGAAACUUCUGUUGGCUCAGAUAGAAGAUGUGGAGAAGGAGAUUGCAAAGAAAAGGGAUGAGCAGAUGGCCAGACUGUCAGUGGAGCUCUCCUCUCUUCAAGAUCUUAUUCAGGAGAUGGAGGAGAAGCAUCAGCAGUCAGCGAGUCAACUUCUGCAGGGUAUCGGAAGCAUCUUGCAGAGGUGGGAGGAAAAAGAGGCGUUUGAGAAUCCUGAGACUUUUCCUCCUGCACUGAAGUGGAGGAUCUGGGAACUCUGUGAUAUAAACCCUUUCCUGAAGGUGGUAAUGAAGAAAUUCAAAGAUACUCUACGGUCUGGAUUUCAGCUGUGGGAAGCUAACGUCAUUCUGGAUCCAGUCACAGCUCAUCCCAAACUCAUACUGGCUGAAGAUCGUAGAAGCGUGAGAAUGGGAGAGAAAUGGCAAGAUCUGCCCGCCAGAUGUGAGAGAUUUGACUAUUGGCCUUUUGUGCUGGGAUAUGGAGGAUUCGCAGCAGGCAGGCAUUUCUGGGAAGUCACUGUGGGAAGUGAGGAAGAAUGGGCUGUGGGAGUUGCCAGGAAGUCUGUGAAGAGGAAGGGGCAGAUACUCUUGAGUCCUGAGGAAGGGCUCUGGGCUGUAGGGUUGUGGGCAGGGAAGUACAGAGCUUUCCACCACCCCCGUUACCCUCCUCUGUCUUUCAGUGGGGAACUUAAGAGGAUCCGAGUGUCUCUGAACUGUGCUGGGGGGCAGGUGGCCUUUUAUGACGCUGACACAGCAACCUUGCUCCACAAGUUCUCAAGAAUCUCCAUCCAUGGUGAGAUCCUUUACCCCUUGGUUUGGGUGUCCAAAAAAAGCCAUCUCAAGUUUUCUUAGGACAGUGAAAAGACUGGCACAGAGGUUCAUAAACUCUUCUCAUUUGUAAUAUGUAUAGCCUUCGAUUCAGAAUCAGACUUGUGGGAACGAUUUUGUUCUCUGUGAGGAGAAAGUCAGAUUCCACAACAUUGAUUGGCUGCCCCUUGCACUGGACUUCUGCACUUUCUCACAGCAGAGCUACACAGAGCGCUGACUGGCCAACCCUACUGGCAACUGAGCCCACUUCUCGUCUUCCCAGCUAGUUUCAAGAGUGGGGGGGGGGGCAUAUUAGAAAUGAAUAAAGCACCUAAAAACUUUGAUUGUAAGCCCCUUGGGACAGGGACUUAUCCCUCCUAUAGAAAGUGUCACAUAUAUAUAGAUUCUGCUGUAUCCCUAGAUAUCAUGACUAUAAUAACAGUUGCAUUAGAUGAUAAUGCCAUAUAAUUGGAGGAGAGGUCUAGAGACAAAGUGAACAAUGUGUCUGUCCAGUGCCCCCCUUACUUCAACUCCUUCCACAGCUAUCAAAUAAAAGUUUAGGGGAAAUCGGGAGGUGGAAGGGAAGAAUUGGAGCUGGUCCUGCAGCAACCAUAUGGCCCGCCUGCCCCUCUUUCUGGGUAUGUCUGGCUUCAGCCUUGCCUAAGGCAGUCAAAUCUACUUCACAGGCCCUCCUAGUGUUAAUCUCCAAACUAGAAUGAUGGUUAGAAAAUAAUAAUAAUAAUAAUGUGAAGGCCAAGAAUCCUGUUCUGGAAGGCAGGGUUUCCAGUCAUAGUCAUAAAUAAUCUUGACACAUCUCCCUUCCUUUUGCUUUUGAGUAGGACAAAGCCAAUGCAAUUUCUCAGAGAGAGCCAUGGGGUGGCCAAAGAGUAGAGACUGAGGGAUGUAAAGCCACUGCAGUUGCAAUUUGUACACAAGAAAUGGGGAAUGCUUUUUCCUGCUUGGAAAAAAACCAAGUUGACACAGAUCUGAGUAGGUGGCCCUCAUGUUAACUAAGGACUUCUUCCUCUUUGAAAUGGAGAUUUUGACAGCCCUCAUUGGCCAGGAUUGCGUCAAUCAUGAAUUAACAUGCCCUUCUCAGAACAGGGCUGUGUUCUGAGGGAUUUCAGUAAGUGGCAUUCUGAACCCCUGAUGCCCUCUUGGCAACACAAUGUGCUGUGCUGAUUGGCUGGCUGUUGCAUCAAUAAUGAAGUCACCUUCCUCCCACUAAGCCUUUGAACUUGGGACCCUGGACAAAUGACCCUCCUACCCUACCACCCAUUGAUUGGCUAAGUUUUGAACAGAGCAAUUUUGCCUGGAAAGUAAACUUAGUGCCAAUGUGCCUGUCAUUUCCCAGAGUCCCUCCCAAAUGAAAAACCUCGUAUGGAGGUUCCACUGAUUGAAAAUGAGGACCUAACUGAGGGUAGUGGUGGCUGUACCCAGCAAAUCCAAAGGAGGUUCUUCCAAGUGGGGCCACUCAUUUGUAGAGUUGUUCUAUAAGACAAUCUCCAGUAAUCCCUUAAGUGGAUCCAGCUCUUGAUUUCUUUUUAAAGAAAAGUUUUGUUCUUUUGUAUGGUAUGUGUGACUGAACAUGCUUUUGGUAUGUCUUUUAAUAUGUUGAUAUGUGCACUUAAAUUAAAAUCUUGUUUCUCCUGUUGUGUCUCUC